AUGUUUGGUGUGGAUAACCUCAGGAUUAUUUCGCUGGUUUACGACUCAGAUGGCGUUACCCCGAAGGAUUGGGAAGCCCAGGUCUUGCAUGCUCUUGGCGUGGUAAACAUCCGAGCUCAUUAUGCCAGCGUCUAUGGCUCUUCCACCGCUGUGUUGCUUCAUUCACAGUCAGACGUUGCCCGUCUGGUCGAUUCCGGCCUGACCAUCAGAAGAAAGGCCUAUAGCGUAAAGUCUAAGGCAUGUGUCCAACCCCUUUGGCCAUACACGGGAGCUAUAGUUGGCAUGGCUCGCUAUACUGACGAUUUUGCACAGCAGCUUGCCAGCAUGGUCAAGACCUGCUACCCUGCACAAUUCAUAGGCUACACGAUGGAGCAAGGAAAUAACGCUUUGGUGUUUUAUGUCAAGGAUUGGGACACUAUCCAUGAGAUCACCAACAACGUCUCUUUCUUCUCUGAAUACCUCGCAUCCUCAGAGGCCGAGAUCUCCCCUCCAAAACUUCUUUAUCAACUCAAUGGAAAAGGUUUUUUCAUACCAAGGUCCACUGCGGCCACAAUCAACACUCUCACAGUCUCCCAUAAUGUUGAGACAGUGACUGCCAGAGCUGACCAUGCUAUCACCACUCUGACUGAACAGAUGCAUCAGACUAAUGAGGUUGUGAGCUCUAUGUCUUCUGUCGUUCAAGCUCAAAGCCACGCCAUAGCCAUGCUUAACAGAUCGAUGGCUGGAAUGGUACACACUAUUGGCAGACAGAUGCAGGUUUCGGGCCUUCGUGAAGAGAUUACUCUUCUUGUGUUGGAGUGGGAUCACACAAAGACAGAUGCCGAGAAGGAUGCCAUCACCAACAAAAUUAUGGUUCUUCACCAACAAGUUCAGUCUGCUUCCAAAACGAAUAGCAUGUUGUUCAAGAGCCUCUCAGAUCUCCAAAUUGGCACCAGCAUGACUAUCGACCGCCUGUCUCCUCAACAGGCGAUUCAGUCCUCAUCCAUCCAAUUUGAUGACACCGAUAUGGCCCUGGAGUCCCCAGGCAUGCCUGAUGAUCCUGGCCCAUCAGCUAAACACCAUCGUAAGUCAUUCAACUACAUUGAUCCUUCGAUGCUCUCUACCAUCUAA